AUGUCGUCAAUUACAAUUAUUCCACGUACAUAUUCAUCAACAACAUCUUCAAAUCUUCCCAAUAUUAAUAUUCCACCAUUACGUCCUGCUUAUUUAAAUCCAAAUCCAAUACCACGAACAAUACCACCUACUUACCAACAUAUUGUCCAACAAAUUCAACGUAAACCAGCUUUAUACGGAUCUGGGCAACGUAAGUAUAAUAAUUUCCACAAGUUUCAGAUAGGUACAACAACAACAUUUAAUGGAUAUACAAAUUAUAAUGGUUCAAAUAAUAUUAACGUACCUCCUAUACCAGCACCACGUCGAAAUUUACCACCAAUACCACCUUAUAAUAAUAAUAAUAAUAAUAACAAUCGUUAUCAACAACAAAAUUAUAAUUAUAAUCGUUACAAUAAUUAUCGUAAAAAUAAUUUUUACAAUAAUAACAACAAUAAUAAUAAUGCACGAAACUUACCAUCGUUAUUGGAUAUAAAUCCAUUUCAUUUACCAUCACAACAUAAUACACGGUCGCUCCAUCAUGCCCAACAAUACCACCCGAAUCAACAAUACCAUCAACAUUUACCACGUCCAACAUCACGUACCCGAUUUCAUCUUUUAUCACAAUUACCAUCACAAUCUCGUUCACGUUCACGUUCACCAUUUCGUCCACCACCAAUAAUUAAACCACGCCGUACCCAUCAACAACAAAAUAAUAAUAAUAAUAUUAAUAAUAAUUAUAAUAAUAAUAAUAAUAAUUUUCGUCGUCCACCAGUACCAGUACCCAAUAUUUACAAUAAUAAUAAUAAAUCUAAAGGAAUUAUACUAUCCGAUUCAAUGUGUUCUCGUGUGAGAACUUAUGCAUUAAAAAAUAAUUACGUUGAUGUUGAAUUAUCUUAUGAAUCAGGUUGUGAUAUUGUUAAGAUGAUAAAUUGGUUACAAACACCUGAAGGACAACGUACGGUAGGAGAUAAACAAUUUUUAGUUUUGUCGUUAGGUACUAACGAUGUGGGACAGUACGGAGUCGAUGUUUCUCUGCAGCGAUGUAGUGAGAUCAUACGUUUCAUCCGUCAGUCAUUCCCUGGUAUCCGAGCCAUUGCUUGGUUAGCUUUGUCACCCCGGUGGAAACCAACGAGAUUCGUCUCUGCGGCCAACAUCGGACAAAUGCAUAACCAAUUCAAUGAGCAUCUCCGAUUCUUAUCUAAGCAAUUAGAUUUUGAUAUCGUUGAUGCGCGUCUCGGACCCUUGGACAUGCGUGUAGAAGAUGGAUUACAUCCAUCAACUACCACUGGCCGAUGGAAAUAUGAAGAAGCUCUUCGUGAAUGGUUCUCUAACCGUGCUGUCGCACAUUUUGCUUCUUCUUCUCUUUUUCAGCACCACCAACAACAACAACGUCCAGUAGCACCCGCACCAACAACAUUAACAUCAACGCCAACACCAACAUACGCCUCAAUAUUAAGAAGAAACACCAACAAUCUUCAAGUCCAACACCAGCAGCCAAAUAAUCAACAACAUUACCAACGAAGAAUGAAGAGGCUAACAGAUACUUCAAAUUUUCUUUUAGAUAAUAGUAAUUUUAAUAGCACUCAGCCAUUCUCAGUCACAACAGAUAGUAUAGUACAACAACAGGGAAAUAGAAACAGUCAGCAGCAACCCAACUUUCCAUCGAGAUCAUUAAUUAAUUUUUAUCCAAAUAAAUUAAGGACUAAGGAUCAAUUUUUUAGAAAUAAUGAACCGCCGCAAGAGAUAGAAAAAGAAAAAGAAGGGGGGGAGAAAGGCUUAGAAAAUAGAAAACAGGGGGAGAAAGAGAUAGUUAAGAAUCCCGAGAUAGAAAAACAGAAAUUAUUUCUUAUAGCCAAUAGUUAUUAUCAGAUGAGACAUUUUGAAGAAGAAAGUAAGAAAUGGAAAAUUUAUGAAAAGGUAGCUAGCCGUAAGGAACAAGACACAGAUAAGGAUGGAGACGAUAUAGUUAUGAAAGAAGUAGAAGAUAUUCCCCAAGCAAGACCCCGUAGAGAACGAUACUCGAGAAUUUUAGAUAUGACAAUUAGUGAUUCAGAUAGCCAAGGUAAUGAGAAUAGUCACACAGACAAUAAGGGAGAAGCCAGUGCCGGUAAUAGUGAGACAGAAGAAGAUGAAGAUAAGAAAAAAAGAAAGUUAAAGGACACGAGUAUUUCACCAACAUCAAAAGAUAAAAUAGUAACAGAUAAAAAUAUUAGUAUAAGGAAACCAAAACCUAAAUCAAAAAAGAAAAAGGAAAUUUCAAUUGAGAACGACCCAAGAGCACCAGAAGGCAGUCCAGUGUUAGUAGUUAGUGAAGGUAGUAAGGAAGUAGAAAAUAGAACAUCUAAGAAUAGUAGACCAGAUCCACCCAUAGAUCCCAGUGCAAAAAGACGUAGAUUGAUUAAAGAAAUAGAGAUAGUAGAAUUACCCAAAACACCACCAGGUUUAGGUGAGCCACCAACAGUUAGCCCGAGACAGAGCACCCCGAGAACACCGAUAGCACGACCACAACCAUUAGAUUAUAGCCCGAAUAUAGUAACAUCGAAUAUUGAGAUCGAGGAAGACCAACAACAAGAAGAAGUAGUCGAAUCAAUAGAGAUGGUAGAGCAAGAUAAGAUAGUACAUUCACCAUCAGUUAUUUCCAAAGAAAUAGAUAUAGAUAGAUUAAGUAUAGUUAAUUUUCCGAUAAUUCCAAUAGAAUGUAAGUUCCACUUUAAGAUCUUCCAUCAACCAGCUAGUGUAGUUAAUAUUAUAGCACAUAGAGAAUUCUUAGAGAAAAAAGCUAAACAACAACAGAAAGAAUUAGAACAACAUAUGGAACAAUAUAGUGAAGAGAUACGUAAGAUAGUAGUACAGUAUAUUAAGAACAGUAUAGAUCCUUUAAUAGAUAAUUUAAAAAAUUCAAAUCAGAAACGUUUAGAUAACUUAAUCUUAGACCAGAUAAAAGAAAAAGCCUUAAGAAUAAUUAGAAGUAAGAACAAUAAGAAUAGUUUAGAAUUAGUAGAUAAGGCACAAGCAACAUUAGAACGUACAUUAGAAUUAAAAUUUCAGUUAGAUAAGUUAGAUCGUAGAUUAAAUGAGAAUAUGCCACCACCAGCAUUAAAUAUUAUGGAUAAGUUGCAGUUUAGAAGUAAAGUAUUAAGUAAUGAGAAUAAAGAACAAUAUAGUGAACAGUGGAAUAAUGUUAUACGUAAGAGUAAGUUAGAUUUAACAUCAAUAAUGAGAUUAGCAAAGUAA